AGAAUCAACAACAAAGUGCUGCUAACUGCCUCCUCAACAUUUUGUUUUCAAGAUAACGUCAGAUUUGUAUGCAAAAACCGUCCAUUUUAUGAUUUAAUAACAAUAUGGGCACUUUUUAAGAGUUUUACAUAGCUUCCGACUUGCUUGACAGCGAUUUUCAUGUAGGGGAACGAAUCGAGUCUAAUUUGGGUUGUUGUGGUUUUGCGGCGAGACUCAUCGCCCGUGGAUCGGGCCUAUUUCAACACUUACACAAGGUGCUUUAAAAGCGAAAAUGUCGAUUUUGGGUCUGAAAAAGAAACAACCAAAGACUUUUAAAGUCAAGGUCAUCACCAUGGAUGCUGAAAUGGAGUUCAGCUGUGAGGUCAAAUGGAAAGGGAAAGAUCUGUUUGACCUGGUGUGUCGGACCAUUGGACUGAGAGAAGCAUGGUUCUUUGGCCUUAGAUAUAUCGUGAAAGACACGUAUGCCUGGCUGAAGCCUGAUAAACGGGUUUUGGAUCAAGAGGUUCCAAAGGAUUCUCCGAUAACAUUUCAUUUUCUCGCCAAAUUUUUCCCUGAAAAAGUCGAGGAUGAGCUUGUGCAGGAAAUUACUCAACACCUUUUCUUCUUACAAGUUAAAAAGCAGAUAUUGGAUGAGGAGAUAUUUUGUUCUCCUGAGGCCUCUGUUCUUUUGGCAUCAUAUGCUGUUCAAGCCAAGUAUGGAGACUAUGAUCCAAACUUUCACAAGCCAGGCUUUCUAGCUCAAGAUGAGCUCCUGCCCAAAAGAGUGCUGAUGCAGUAUCAGAUGACAGCAGACAUGUGGGAAGAGAAGAUAACAGCUUGGUAUGCUGAACACAGAAACAUCACAAGGGAUGAGGCAGAGAUGGAAUAUCUCAAAAUAGCACAGGAUCUGGAAAUGUACGGAGUUAGCUACUUUUCUAUCACGCAAAAUAAGAGGGACACAGAGCUGCUUCUUGGAGUUGAUGCCCAAGGUCUUCAUAUUUACAGCCCCAACAACAAGCUCAGCCCCAACAAAUCCUUCCCUUGGAGCGGGAUCCGUAACAUCUCUUACAGCGAGAAAGAGUUUACGAUCAAGCCAUUAGACAAGAAAAUGGAGGUUUUUAAAUUCUACUCAUCUCAGCUCAGAGUUAACAAACUGAUCUUGCAGCUGUGUAUUGGGAACCAUGACCUGUUUAUGAGGAGGAGGAAAGUGGAUUCCAUAGAGGUGCAACAAAUGAAGGCCCAGGCCAAAGAAGAGAAGGCUAGGAAAAAGAUUGAGCGUCAGAUUCUCGCUCGGGAGAAGCAGAUGAGGGAGGAUGCCGAGCGAGCAAAAGAAGAGAUGGAACGUCGUCUGUUUCAACUUCAGGACGAGGCUCGAAUGGCCAAUGAAGCACUACUGCGUUCGGAGGAGACGGCCGACCUUCUGGCGGAGAAAGCCCAGAUCGCGGAGGAGGAGGCCAAACUCCUGGCUCACAAAGCGGCGGAGGCAGAGCAAGACAGGCAGAGGUUGGAGGUCACAGCCCUUAAAACUAAAGAGGAGAAGAGGCUGAUGGAGCAGAAGAUGAGAGAAGCAGAACACAUGGCGGUUAAACUAGUUGAGCAGUCGGAGAGGAGACUGAAAGAAGCCGACCACCUGAAGCAGGACCUGAACGAGGCUAAAGAUGCAGAACGAAGGGCUAAGCAAAAACUUGUCGAAAUCACUAAAACAACAUAUCCUUUGCUAGCAGCAUAUUCCAGCCCUCCUCCACCCGCUGGGCCAGAAAGUGUGGAUUUGCCUGCAGACAUGAGCAGCUCCAUGCGAUUGGACUUCAAAGACUCUGAUAUGAAGAGACUUUCGAUGGAGAUUGAGAGAGAACGGCUGGAGUACAUGGAGAAAAGCAAACAUCUUCAAGAUCAGCUAAAGGAGCUGAAGUCUGAGAUCGAGUCUCUGAAGUUGGAGGAACAGCAGCAAGCUGGAAUCUACAGCCACAGAAGUUACGCUGAGCCUCCGUAUAUUCCCCACAGCAAUAGAAAUUCUGCCUACAUGGCUCAGAUGGCCUUCUAUGAGGAAGUGUGAAAGAACAAUCCAACUAUUCUUUUCGAAGCAGGAGGGUCUGGAGCACCAAAAAUUACAUUCAAAUGCAAGCACAACCUCGCGUGCCUUUAAAAGUAAUAUAUUUCUUGCUCAUAUUUCCUCUUUUAAAUCUCAACAGUUCAGGUUUGGUUAUGUGUACACAAGUCGUCUUUCACUAACGCCACAAUUGGUUUGUGACUUGUUCAUAUGGCUAAUAUUAAUGCAGAUGCGAAGGGGUAUUUUCAAUACAUAUAGUGUAGUAGUGCCUUCAGAAUGAACAAAUCAAGCUUGGUUGCUUUUGUACGAUUGUAAUCCCACCUGAAAUACUACAUUCUGCACAACUCUUUUUUUCAUUGUGGGGUGCUUGAACAACUUAACAACUAACUUCCUUUAACUAUGUGCCUUGCUAAGAAAUGCACCCAACACAUGGUUUUAGGUGAUAUUUGGAAUGUAUAGUUGUGUCGGUGAUUGAUAUUCUCUUAAACACUCUUGUGCCUUUUAGAUAAGCUUGCACUACUUAAUGAGCUAAAUGAUCCUCUACCAGUACAUUCUUUUAUCACAGUAUGAGUCCUGUUUUGCUAGUGAUAUUUGAGGCUCUGCAACAGUGCCAGCUGUAACGUUUCUGUUUUAUGCAAGAACAAAGGCAGAUUGAUGGCCUCUCUGUUUAUAUGUGAUGUUAUUUAUCCAUUUUGGCUGACUUUUUUACGGUGUGUGUGAUCUAGUAAUACAGAAGUGCUUGUAUUGUUUUUUUUUUGCUAACAUUUGUGGUCAUAAAGGCUGACUCUUGGGGGGUCAAUGUUGGAGGGUUAUGAGCUAUGUGGACAUUUCAGCACACUACACAAAUAUAUUUCCUGGAGUGGUGAACAUUUCAAAAUUUAGAUUUUCUUUGAUGCCUAAGAUAUAGAAAUGGCAGACAGAACUCGGACAUCUCGCCCUAUUUCAACACCUCAGCACUUUAAGCUGAAGGUGCUGUCUAAUAGUUUGUAUUACAUUUUGGAGGGAAUGCUUAAUACACAUUUAUUGCAAAGUCUUACUACGAGUAGUUAUAAACAUUCCUGUGUUAUCACCAGCGUGUCUAUUAGCACACUAGCUUGAGUGUGCUAACUUCACCAGGCAACUGUUCAUGUUUUAAUGAAUGCCACAACCAUCUGCCAGUCCUGCCCAGUGUUGUUUUUACUCGGCUGCAUUACUACUUUUUGUUAAGUAUGAAUUUCAUAACCACAUGUGCAACCGCACAAAUGGCUUUUACUUCAUGUUUUAUUUGAGUAUAAGAGCACAGUAUUACUGCCUUUUCUUAUUUGUGCCAUGGAUACAGACACAGAUGGUUCAUAUGUAAGUGGUCAUACAGCAACCUCGUAUGUGCGGUGAAUUGUAAACUAACAUGCAAAUAAACUGCAAAU